AUGUCGACGGAUCUGGUGAAAUCUCUCGUGACCAAGUUGAUGUCGGAUGACGCCUCCCGUAAGAAAGUGGUGGCCAUCCACCCCGCUCAAGUCCUCAACCUCUGCACCCUCGCAAAAAAGAGCUUCCUCCGACAACCCUCCCUCCUCGAGAUUGACGGUCCCCUCAGAAUAUGCGGUGAUAUUCACGGCCAGUUCCACGACCUUCGCACCUUGUUCCGGGUCGAUAGAGGUCAAAAUUCCUUGGAGGUCAUCUGCCUUCUCCUCGGUCUGAAGGUUCUUCAUCCCGACAGCGUUUUCCUGCUUCGAGGAAACCACGAAGUCAGCUCGGUGAAUGAAGGGCACGGAUUUUAUUCCGAAAUUAAGAGGAGGUUCAGGACCAAGGGGUACCAAGAAAUUUAUGCCCGGAUUAACCAGACCUUUGACUAUAUGCCUCUGGCGGGUGUCGUGUCGUCGAAAAUCUUCUGUGUUCACGGCGGAAUCAGCCCCAAACUGAGAGACUUGGACCAAAUUAGGAACAUGCGGCGUCCGAAAUCCAAUUUUUAUGAGAAAAGCUGGGCCAGCGAUGUCCUCUGGUCGGACCCCGCUGACGACAUUGCGACGUGGGAACGUCAAUCGCACCCUGACACGAAUCCUCGCCAUCGUGGGGCUGGGUAUUUGUACGGUGGCGUCGCGCUGGACGAAUUCCUCACCAGGAACGACCUGCGGCUGCUGGCGCGUGGUCACGAGUGCGUGGAGGGGGGCUAUCUCUACCAGCUGGGGAGGAAGUGUGUCACCAUCUUCAGUGCGCCCUCCUACUGCGGUAACUCACAUGGCGUCAUGAUGCGCGUCAGUAGAACGGGCAACGUUCUGGGGUUCACGACUUUCAAGUAGAAUUUCAUUUUUUUGCGAGGACAACGUCAUUAAGAAAACUAUAUAAAAGUACGAAACUUAAUGUAUAAAUGACAGGUUAGUUUUAAUUGAUGAAACAAUUUCAAAAUUCUCGUGCUAAAAGUAAUAAGUCGGAAAUUAUUCGGACUGUGAUUUUUUAGGAAGUUUUAAGUAGAAUUUUAUUUUUUUAGGACAAAUUUCAACGCCAGAAAGUAAAAAUUAUAUAAAAGCCCAAAACUAAAAGCUUAAACCCUAGGUCAGCUUUAAUGGACAGGAUAAUUUCAAAAUUCUUGUGAAUGACUUGAAAAUUAUGUAUAUUUCAUGAAAUUUUAAAAUGUCACCUUACACAAUAAAAAAUCACAACAAAAUUUUAAAAAUGUUCUUCAACUCAAGUUUUAUUCAAUGUAACUUUUCCAUUUCUUUUUUUCAUACUACAGAUCGACUUGCACAUUACACAAGUUAUGAUUACACACGAAGAUAAACUACUUAGCAAUAGUAUGCCUACCACUGAACAAUCACUGGAAACUAAAUAAAUAAAUAGUAACGUAAAAUUUAACUUUACAGCACAAACUACAAAUAUAUAAUUCAAUUCAGCGUUUAUUCAAGGGGAAGAAAUACACAAUAUAUAUAUUCCACUAGCUAAACUAGUAAUAAAUAAAACAAUAAUUUAGAAAUAUCUACCUAUAAAAUAUUAAACCAGAAAACAAAAGACAACAAUUAAAAAAAUACAGGAAAUUUUCUCUUCCUCCACCAAAAAACGUGACUUGAAUACUUUAAACUCCC